UUGAAAUAAUUUCUAGAUAAAGACAAAUUGGCCAUUAGAGGAGCUCUUUAGCUGCUUAGCCUAUCUGGUAAAGAGUGUUAUGUUUGGGAGACUUAAUUUUCACACCGAUAGCAUGUCAAUGACUAUUGAAGAGGUUGCGAAGGGAAUUCUCUAUGGAUUAGAGGUCACGUUCAAACAAGGAUGAGGAGUGCAGGAGAUUUGGGGUGAUGUGAACGGGGUUGAAAGGAUUAUGGAACUUAACAAUUUUUUGAAGUGGCCGUGGUCCACUUUUGUUCUUCGUAUGAAACUAUGGGAUUUUUGUUUAAACCUAACUUUUUUGUAAAGGAUGUAAAUGACUACUCCAUCAGCUUAGUUAAGAGUACCUACAAGGCCCUAAUUAGGAAGUUCUUUAUUCAAAAUGGAAAUAUCUUGACUACAGAUGUAGUUCUUUUGUAACUCUUUUAUUUCGAAUUAAAAAAAAAAAAAAAAAUCCCUUGCCUUGUAUAUAUAGUUAUUGAUGAGGCAAAAUAUGUUUCCUUCCUCAGCACGGCUAAAGUGUAUAUGUAAACCUGAACAGAAGACUGACCAGCCACCUCGGUCUCUCCUCGUGUUGAGCAGCCACCUAGGCCUCUCUUCGUUCCGAGCAGCCACCUCAGCACAAGCCACCUCGGUUUCUCCUCAUGCCAAUCAAUCAUCUCAACUCAACCAACCUGUCACCUCGGCUCGACACAGUCAAAUAAGGCACCUAGAGAUGUGCAGACAUCCACUCCUACAUUCAAGGGACAUGAUCCUUGAUCAUAGGGGCAAGACUUUAUCCACCACACGUCAUUAGAGGCGUCCACCCCUCUCACGACUUGCACCUCCGAGAUCAAAAGGGAAUAUUUUCAGAACAUGCCCCUAUAACACUGAAUAUUCCCAGAAUCACAGAGCUACUCCCCUCAAGGACUCUACGCCUAAACAGGACUCUCAACAAACGCCCCUCCUUCUCUCUCCAUUAGUAACUUAUAAAUACCAAGGUAAGCUUCCAUCAUGGGAGAUCGAUCACUUCUCUUUUGACUGAAUACUCUCUUGAGUAUCUACUAUAGAAAGAUCUGACUUAGGCAUCGGAGAGUCCCCCGUCGGGUCAGCCCCGCUCUCCCUUGCCUUCUCUUUUGUGCAGGUCUGCUGGAGCCUUAGGAGAUGCAAAGAAUAUCGACUGGUCAAUUUUUACUGCAUCAGUUAUAAUUUAGAUAAGGGCCAUGGAUUAAGCAUCAUACUUUUUUUUAAUAUAUAAAUUAAUAAUUUAAAUAUAUUAAACAUAUAAAAAUAAAAAUUGAAAAUUAUAUUUUUAAUUAUUAUAUAAAAACAGGGCCAAACCCUUAGCCUGACCCUCCCUGAAUCCAGAAAAGCUGAGCUCAACAUUGGGUUGGAUCAGGCCUGGGUUUUCAAAAAAUGGGGCCAGCUCGGGCCGACCCUGUUUCACUUGCACCCCUGUUACUAUUUUUGUUGCGAAGAGGGGUGAUUGUAGAAGUUGUAGAUGUCGUAAUUGCAGAGGUAGUAGAUUUCGGAAGUGUUUGUUUGUUUUUGGGUUAACGGUUUGAUUUCGGAAGUCAAGAGGAGCAAAAGAAGAAACGCUAGAAUGGCGGAAGAACCCACUCAUCCUCUCAGGCUGGUGAAUUUCGUCUCGGAGGAGCAGUUGGACCAAGCUAAGAAAUCGAGGGGGGAGUGUGCUGAUGAUGGCACAGCGCAGAGGGAUAGGCCUCUCUUUGAGAUUCUAAAGGAGAAUAAAGACAAGAAAGAUGCCGAAUUCAAUGAACGGUUCAAGCAUAGACCACCCAAAGCCCUGGAUGAGGAUGAGACAGAGUUUUUGGAGAAACUGGAGAUGUCAAGAAGGGAAAAUGAGCGGCAGUUGGAAGAAGAAGAAGCUGAACAGCUGAGGACCUUCCAGGCAGCAGUAGCAGCCCAUUCUUCAACCAUACAUGAACUUAAGGAGAAGACACCAUCUGUGCCUAAAGUUGAGGAUCAGAAACCACCAGGAAGGCAGAACCCCAGGAAUCGACCAUUAGGUGGGUUGAUUAUUACAGUCAAGCCACAGGCAAAGAAGGCAAAGACAGAUGCAGCAACUUCAGAGAAACCACUAGACAAAGUGAACGGAACUAACUGUAAUGUGGACAAAUCACCUGACAUUGCUGUGAGUUCUCUUGGAGGCUUGGUCUCUUAUAGUGAUGAAAGUGACGAUGAUAGUUAACCUUAUUAUAAGCCUUGUUUGUUAUUGUACCUUUAAUCCAGUUUUUUUUUUUUUUUUUUUUGGG